GCGCCUCAAAGUCUGGCUGAGCGUCAUGCGCUCCAUCAGUGCGCCUCUGUGCUCCUGGAUGCUCUGCAGCAGCGUCUGAAUCUGUCCGGCUGUAGCGGUGAUCAUGACGGAGGAGCAGGAUAAGUCCGGCGCGGAGCCGCCGUGCAGUCCAGCCGGCUCGUCCAGCUCCAUGUCUCCGGAGGAGUCUGACUCUGACGCGCCGGCAUCCCCCGCCGGACCCGGCAGCCACGCGGCGCUCAUGAUCGCGAAGCUGGAGCGCGAGGACGAGCGGUUCCCCGUGUGCAUCAGGGACGCGGUGUCCCAGGUGCUGAAGGGCUACGACUGGUCCCUGGUGCCCAUGCCGCGGGGCAGCGGCGCGAUCAAGAACAAGCCGCACGUCAAGAGACUGAACGCCUUCAUGGUCUGGGCUCAAGCCGCGCGCAGGAAACUGGCGGAUCAGUAUCCGCACCUGCACAACGCCGAGCUCAGCAAGACCCUCGGAAAACUCUGGAGGCUGCUGACGGAGAAUGAAAAGAGACCGUUUGUGGAGGAAGCCGAAAGACUGAGAGUUCAGCACAAGAAAGAUCACCCGGAUUACAAAUACCAGCCGAGGCGUCGAAAGAGUGUGAAGCCCGGUCAGAGCGAGCCUGACCCCGGCGCUGAUCUGACCCCACACAUGUAUAAAGCUGAACUUGGGAUGGGCCGAUUGCCUGGUCCGUCUGAUCACAUCACCGAUCAUACAGGCCAGCCUCAUGGACCCCCGACACCCCCUACAACCCCCAAAACGGACCUCCAUCACGGAGGAAAGCCAGACCCCAAGCAUGAAGGCAGACGUCUGCUCGACGGCACGCGACAGAACAUCGACUUCAGCAACGUUGACAUCUCAGAGCUCAGCACGGACGUCAUCAGCAACAUGGAGGCCUUCGACGUGCACGAGUUCGACCAGUACCUGCCUCCGAGCGGCCACGCCGGAGCUGCUCCAGACGGGCAGAGCGCCAGCUCCUACGCCUCGCCCUACAGCCACCCUGCCAGCAGCGGGGCCUCCUGGAGCCGCAAGGGGCCCGUGGCGUCCGCGGAAGCCAGCCAGCACAGAGCUCGCAUUAAAACUGAGCAGCUGAGCCCGAGCCACUACAGCGAGCACUCGCCCGAGUACGGCGUUUACAGCACUCACGGGUCCUCGGCCGCCUCCGCCUCGUUCACCAGCGACUACACAGACCUUCAGAGCUCCGGCUACUACGGCCCAUACACCAGCUACCCAUCCGGUCUCUACCAGUACCCCUACUUCCAUUCCUCACGGAGGCCAUACGGGAGCAACAUCCUCAACGGCCUGUCCAUCCCGCCCUCCCACAGUCCCUCCGCCGGCUGGGAUCAGCCGGUGUACACCACGUUAUCCAGGCCCUGAGGCCCGGCCGCUUUGUGCCGCAUCCCUUACUAUAAUGAAGGAGGGUCGCCGUGAUUUUGCCAAGUAAGACAUGUUCCUGGAUGGGGCUGGAAAUCGAAAAUCUGAUUCCAGAAUCGGAUACUUAAGGUCAGGAAUUGGAUACUUGACACAAAAUGUAAAUUUCAAUUCCACUUAUCGAUUCCUGUGUGCACUUUUUUUUUUUUUUUUUUUUUCAGUUGGCGAAAAGGGGAUGUUGAAAAUAUAGCUAUUUGUCUUUGAUUCAUUCAUUCAAGAGAUUCAUUCAAAAACACUGAUUCAUCCAGUAAUGAAACAAGUGAAUCUUGAGUGGGUCGUUGAAUCGUUCCAUUCAUAAAUUCCAUGAGAUUUUGUUUAGUUGUCUAAUAUUUUUUCUUCAGAAAGACUCAAUUUAUCUAAAAAAAAAGGCUCAAUUUAUCCAUAAUCGUGCACACAAACAGCCCUUAAUCGAGUCCAGUUUUUAUGUAGCCGGCUGAUUUUUGUUCAUGGUAUUCAGCCACGAUUCAUGUGUUUUGCAAAAAAAGAAUAUGUUUGAUAUCUAAAUGUCAGACUUCAUUUUUUUUUAACCACAUUGGACUCAAAACAGGGAAUCGAUAAGAAUCGGAAUCGAUAAGCAGAAUCGGAAUUGAUCAAAUUUAAACGAUACCCAACCCUAUUCAUGGAUCAACAUUAUUGUCCUAACUUUAGCCCUACCUCUAAACCUAACCCUACCCAUAAUUUAUCCCAAAAAUCAGAAGGAAAUGAUGUUGAAUAACAAGGGUGUAGAAGCACUUAACUCUGGUUGUAAAGCUAAAACAGACAUUUUCUGUAAACUUAUCCCUCAAUUCUGAUCGGUUGCUGGGAAUGUUGUACUAGGAUCAACAAGGACGUUGAUCCAGGAACAUUUUGCACUCUGUGAAAUCACGUUCACCAAUGAAGGACAGCGCUAGCUGAAGGGGUUUGUGCCAAGUAACUGAGCGACGAGUGCCUGCUGAUUUUUCGACACACAUCAGGACAUUGACGGUUGGUGCUUAACGUGAUGAAUCUGAAGAGCCAGCAGAAAUCCUCUGUGUGAGGACUGCCGGACGCUCCAGGAUGGGGACCAAUGAAUAUUCAAGAAGCAUUAGCUUCAUUCACAAUUUUUUCUUUUUUUUUUUGGUUAAUCCUUUCUUUUUUAACCUAAAACGUGUUCAUUUUUAAUUCGCUGUUUCUUAUAUAUUUAUGUUGUGUUGUCAUUUUUUAUCGUUUGUUUCUGUUUUUAAGUACUUACAAAAGCUGAAAGGGUGGAGGGCUGAAAUGAUUUCGAUAAACAGCCAUAUCUUUGUGGACAUUAUUUUUGAAAGCAUUCCUGUGGGGGGCGGGGGGAUUGAAAAAUAAUAGAAGACAUUAAUUGUAAGCAGUUAUUUUACAUAUGCAUCAUUUUACUGAGCACUUUUAACACCUCAAAGGCUCUUCGUUUGCAGCAAGCUCAUUAAUAAUCGCAUUUUUAACACAACGCCAGUCACUGAUAUCACGUUUGUUGGCUUGAAUUAAAUCGGUUUCGUUACUUAUAUAGCAGUCCGUUGAACAUUUACAUUAUUUUGUAGGCUGUGAAACACAAACACUCAAAACAGAGUUUGCUCCACAUUGUUUUAUUCUUGUGUAUAAUUUAAAAACGACUUGGCUGUGAAUCUUCUCUUUUGUUAACAUGUUCGUUCUUUUAAAAAAAGCUAACAGUAAUUGCUGGCAAUAUUUGUGGAGAAAAAAUAAAUUUAUUUUAAA